AAAGGUGACCCAGCAGCUGCUUAAUUCCUGUUGCCAUUUCUGCUGUUACCAGGAACAAUGAAAAGUUUCAGACUGGCAAUUAUCCAACAAUUAGUUUCAUGUGUGAAAUCAGACAAUGUAAGAAGAGCAUGGCAGCUGGUGAAACAAGCAGUCGAGCAGAGACCAGACAUUGUAGUACUGCCGGAAUGCUUUAACUUUCCCUGUGGAACCAGACUUUACCCUAAAAAUGCCGAGCCAGUCCCAGGGGAAACUUCACAACAGCUUUCAAAAAUGGCCAAGGAGUGUGGAAUCUAUCUUAUUGGAGGGUCCAUCCUGGAGAGCGACAGAGGAAAGCUUUAUAAUACCUGCUUGGUGUUCAGUCCUGAUGGGAAGCUGUUGGUGAAACACAGAAAGAUUCACUUGUUUGACGUUCAUAUUCCUGGAAAGGUCAACGUACAGGAAUCAAAAAUCGCCUGCCCAGGCAACAGCCUCUCCAUGUUUGAGACACCUUUCUGUAAGAUUGGGCUUGGUCUUUGCUAUGACCUGCGUUUUGCUGAGCUGGCUCAAGCUUACACCAAGAAAGGAUGCCAUCUGUUGGUGUAUCCCAGUACCUUUGGCAUGACAACAGGCCCAGCCCACUGGGACAUUCUGCAGCGGGGAAGGGCACUGGACAACCAGGUCUAUGUAGCGACGUCCUCGCUUGCCACUGAUAAUGACGCUGACUAUAUUUCCUGGGGCCACAGUGCAAUUGUGAACCCAUGGGGUGAUGUGGUGGCCCAAGCUGGUUCCGAAGAAACCAUUGUUUAUGCAGACAUUGAUUUGCAGUAUCUGGCAGAUAUUCGUCAGCAGAUUCCUCUCCAUUCACAGAAGCGCCAUGAUCUUUAUGGUGAAGUGGGUGAACAGAAGCAUUAGUCCUAUUAAUUUUGCUGCCUACGCAGGAGAUGAAUGUGAACAGUAAAACAUUCUAAAUCUUGAAUCAAGUGUAAUGUUAUAUAUUUCUAAAUCAGCAAGGGUAAAAAUAAAGUUUUGGUAUAGUAU